AUGGCUGAGGAGGAGGAAACCAGGGAGGUGCUCUUCUCUGACUGGUCGGGUCCAGAGAAACAGGGAAUGACCCUUGAGCAGUCAGGUGAAGGAGAGAUCUAUGUCAAAGAGGUGAAAAUGGAGUCGCCUGCUGGACGCACUGGAAGAGUACAUGAGGGUAUGUAACAGAGUUAGAAUGGCUCUUAUGUACAGUAUUAAUUUUCUAUAAUACAUUAACUUAAUUGAUUUAUACUGUUAUUGAAGUCCUGAUAUCUUAUAAUUUACAUGUUGAUAUACAGUAAGGUUUGCUUGAUCUACCUUUGUUUUAUUCAAAGUACAUUUGAAUGACGGAUUUUAACAUGGUAUCAAUGUCCUCUUGUGUCUUCCCCUAAAGGUGAUCAAAUUGUGGGUGCAACCAUCUAUUUUGACAACAUGAGUUCCAAGGAGACGACGGAGCUCCUUAAGACCUUAAACAAACACAAGGUUGGACUGAAACUACAAAACAAGGACAAGUCACCCUGCCGUUCCCCCAUGGGAACUCUGUCACCCUGCCGUUCCCCAAUGGGAACUCUGACGUAUGAAGGGAAGGGAAGGUUUGGAGGCUCCAGCCAAGACAUUAUCCUGGUAUGUAGCUAUGUUGACUGUGCAAGCAAUGUUAAGUGUAUUUACUUGUGGUGUGGUGGUGCGGCAAAGAUUGGAAUUUUUCAGGAUUUUAAUACACUUUUCAAUGGCUUUUGUGAACACCAGGUUUGGGGUCAAUUCUAUUUAACUUCCAGUCAAUUCAGGAAGUACACUGGAAUUCCAAUUCUCUUCAAUGGUUUUAAAAUUAGGAAGAUUUUGAUUUGUAAUUAGAAUUAGGUUUACUUUCUGAAUUCACUGGAAUUGAAAUGGAAUUGACCCCAACCCUGGUGAACACAGACUUCUUGAAACACACUUCACUCUUGUCUCAAAUUAUCAUAACAUUUUCUCAAAUAGACUUACUUCCAUAUCGAAUGUUCGUACUGUAUAUUUUCAACAACAGUGGUAUUACCUAAUGUAAUAAAUUCAUGAAUUACUGCAAUUACUGAUUUCACCUUCUUUUGACGAGACCAGAGUGGGGAUGAUGAAGACUACAAGAGAAUAUAUUCCAAGAAGAUUAAGCCCCGGCUGAAGUCUGAGGAUCUGGCUGAGGGCGUGGACGUCCGUACGGAGCGCCACAGCAGCACCAGUACCGACGGCAGCACGAUCACUACCAUCACCCGUCGCAUCACUACCUACACUGUGGACAUGCCGGGGGGCGUGGAUGAGCAGCUUGAGCUAACCAGCCCAGAGUUCAAAGGGCUACGAUACGAGCAGUCAGGAGGGGACAGCUCAUCUCAAAUCCGAGUUUUGCACGGAAGCGGAAGCCCUUCAGGUAUAGGAGGCGGAUUGGAGGGGGGUGAUUUUGAACUAGGAGGUGAUGGUGUUUCUUUCACUGGGCCGGAUGUAACUAGCUCCUCUGAGAAGCACUGGAGCACUGGAGGGGUGAAGACCACCACUGUUACGAGGGAGAUAGAGGGGGGAGAUGGUGGAGCAGCAGGGAUCAGAUUCAAAGGACCUAGCUUUGGGAUGUCUGGGGCGAAGGGUCAGGGGGAGUUCGGCCUCUAUAGAGGGGGUCAGCAAGGGGAUGGGAGAUUUCAGGUUUCCGGUGACUCAGCUGACUACCAGGCAGGAUCAGUCAAUGUCACGGUCCCUGGAAGAACAACAACUAUUUCCUCCAGCUCCAUAUCAAUGGGUAAAGGGGAGGUGAGAGGAGUAGACGUUAAUUUGCCUGGGAGAGGCAAUGCAGACUGGAAGGGUAGGGUAGGAGGUUCAGUACCUGGAAUAACCAUUAGUGAUCAACAGAUGAGAGGGUCUGGGAGCGUAGGUCUCUCCGGAGGCAACCAGGGUGGGGUUUCCUUACCCAGUAUGCCAGGCAUUGAUACAGGGUUGAACGGAGGCAAGAUAUCAACAGACAUAAGAGCGCCAACACUUGACAUUAAUACCUCAGGUAUAAAGGAGUCUGGCUCAGUGAAAAUGUCUGUAAAAGGACCGUCGAUAAAAGAAACAACAAUUGAAAGUGAAAGCAAACUCAAAGGUGGCAUCAAAAUGCCAUAUUUUGGACUGAACACUGGAGGUGCAGAGAGCGAUGGAGAUGUUAAACUACCGCAUGUGAAGGGCACUGUGGAUGUUUCGGUUCCAGGGGUAGAUGUAGAUGUAUCAGGCCCAUCUAUGAAUGUGAAAGGAGGAAAGAAGAUGGGUGGUGUUGACAUCAAAGCACCCAAAGUUCAAGGUUCAGGUGUUGAUAUAGAAGGUCCAGAAGGCGGUUUCAAGAUACCCAAAGUAAAGAUGCCAUCAUUUGGAAUCAAAGGAGACGGAUUUGAGGGUCCUGAUGUCGAUGUCAACCUACCAAAAGCUGACAUUGACAUCAAGGCUCCCAAAGUUGACAUUAAAAGUCCAUCAAUAUCAGGACCAAAGAUCUCAAUGCCCGAUGUGGAUUUCAAACUGAAAGGCCCGAAAGUGAAGGGAGAUUUUGAUAUGUCAGGAGACCUCAAAGCACCCAAAGUAGACAUUGAAGGUCCAGAUGUUGACAUUGAAGGUUCAGGAGGAUUUAAGAUGCCAAAGAUGAAGAUGCCAUCAUUUGGAAUGAAAGGACACAAAGUUGAGGGUCCAGAUAUUGAUGUUAAUCUUCCUAAAGCUGACAUUGACAUCAAGGCUCCCAAAAUUGACAUUAAAGGUCCAUCAAUAUCUGGACCAAAGAUCUCAAUGCCCGAUGUGGACUUCAAUCUGAAAGGCCCGAAAGUGAAGGGAGAUUUUGAUAUGUCAGGAGACCUCAAAGCACCCAAAGUAGACAUUGAAGGUCCAGAUGUUGACAUUGAAGGUUCAGGAGGAUUUAAGAUGCCAAAGAUGAAGAUGCCCUCAUUUGGAAUCAAAGGACCCAAAGUUGAGGGAGAUGUUGAUGUCAAACUACCUAAAGGUGACAUUGACAUCAAGGGACCUAAUGUUAACAUCAAAGGUCCAGAACUUGACAUCGAAGGCCCUGACGGGAAAAUCAAGGGCCCAAAAUUCAAGAUGCCAUCAAUGUCAGGCCCAAAGAUCUCAAUGCCUGAUAUGGACAUCAAUCUGAAAGGUCCCAAGCUGAAGGGGGAUGUGGAUGUGUCAGUGCCAAAGAUAAAAGGAGACCUCAAAGCACCCAAAGUAGACAUUGAAGGUCCAGAUGUUGACAUUGAAGGUUCAGGAGGAUUUAAGAUGCCAAAGAUGAAGAUGCCAUCAUUUGGAAUGAAAGGACACAAAGUUGAGGGUCCAGAUAUUGAUGUUAAUCUUCCUAAAGCUGACAUUGACAUCAAGGCUCCCAAAAUUGACAUUAAAGGUCCAUCAAUAUCUGGACCAAAGAUCUCAAUGCCCGAUGUGGACUUCAAUCUGAAAGGCCCGAAAGUGAAGGGAGAUUUUGAUAUGUCAGGAGACCUCAAAGCACCCAAAGUAGACAUUGAAGGUCCAGAUGUUGACAUUGAAGGUUCAGGAGGAUUUAAGAUGCCAAAGAUGAAGAUGCCAUCAUUUGGAAUGAAAGGACACAAAGUUGAGGGUCCAGAUAUUGAUGUUAAUCUUCCUAAAGCUGACAUUGACAUCAAGGCUCCCAAAAUUGACAUUAAAGGUCCAUCAAUAUCUGGACCAAAGAUCUCAAUGCCCGAUGUGGACUUCAACCUGAAAGGUCCAAAGGUGAAGGGAGAUUUUGAUAUGUCAGGAGACCUCAAAGCACCCAAAGUAGACAUUGAAGGUCCAGAUGUUGACAUUGAAGGUUCAGGAGGAUUUAAGAUGCCAAAGAUGAAGAUGCCAUCAUUUGGAAUGAAAGGACACAAAGUUGAGGGUCCAGAUAUUGAUGUUAAUCUUCCUAAAGCUGACAUUGACAUCAAGGCUCCCAAAAUUGACAUUAAAGGUCCAUCAAUAUCUGGACCAAAUAUCUCAAUGCCCGAUGUGGACUUCAACCUGAAAGGUCCAAAGGUGAAGGGAGAUUUUGAUAUGUCAGGAGACCUCAAAGCACCCAAAGUAGACAUUGAAGGUCCAGAUGUUGACAUUGAAGGUUCAGGAGGAUUUAAGAUGCCAAAGAUGAAGAUGCCAUCAUUUGGAAUGAAAGGACACAAAGUUGAGGGUCCAGAUAUUGAUGUUAAUCUUCCUAAAGCUGACAUUGACAUCAAGGCUCCCAAAAUUGACAUUAAAGGUCCAUCAAUAUCUGGACCAAAGAUCUCAAUGCCCGAUGUGGACUUCAAUCUGAAAGGCCCGAAAGUGAAGGGAGAUUUUGAUAUGUCAGGAGACCUCAAAGCACCCAAAGUAGACAUUGAAGGUCCAGAUGUUGACAUUGAAGGUUCAGGAGGAUUUAAGAUGCCAAAGAUGAAGAUGCCCUCAUUUGGAAUCAAAGGACCCAAAGUUGAGGGAGAUGUUGAUGUCAAACUACUUAAAGGUGACAUUGACAUCAAGGCUCCCAAAGUUGACAUUAAAGGUCCAUCAAUAUCUGGACCAAAGAUCUCAAUGCCCGAUGUGGACUUCAACCUGAAAGGUCCAAAGGUGAAGGGAGAUUUUGAUAUGUCAGGAGACCUCAAAGCACCCAAAGUAGACAUUGAAGGUCCAGAUGUUGACAUUGAAGGUUCAGGAGGAUUUAAGAUGCCAAAGAUGAAGAUGCCAUCAUUUGGAAUGAAAGGACACAAAGUUGAGGGUCCAGAUAUUGAUGUUAAUCUUCCUAAAGCUGACAUUGACAUCAAGGCUCCCAAAAUUGACAUUAAAGGUCCAUCAAUAUCUGGACCAAAGAUCUCAAUGCCCGAUGUGGACUUCAACCUGAAAGGUCCAAAGGUGAAGGGAGAUUUUGAUAUGUCAGGAGACCUCAAAGCACCCAAAGUAGACAUUGAAGGUCCAGAUGUUGACAUUGAAGGUUCAGGAGGAUUUAAGAUGCCAAAGAUGAAGAUGCCAUCAUUUGGAAUGAAAGGACACAAAGUUGAGGGUCCAGAUAUUGAUGUUAAUCUUCCUAAAGCUGACAUUGACAUCAAGGCUCCCAAAAUUGACAUUAAAGGUCCAUCAAUAUCUGGACCAAAGAUCUCAAUGCCCGAUGUGGACUUCAAUCUGAAAGGCCCGAAAGUGAAGGGAGAUUUUGAUAUGUCAGGAGACCUCAAAGCACCCAAAGUAGACAUUGAAGGUCCAGAUGUUGACAUUGAAGGUUCAGGAGGAUUUAAGAUGCCAAAGAUGAAGAUGCCCUCAUUUGGAAUCAAAGGACCCAAAGUUGAGGGAGAUGUUGAUGUCAAACUACUUAAAGGUGACAUUGACAUCAAGGCUCCCAAAGUUGACAUUAAAGGUCCAUCAAUAUCUGGACCAAAGAUCUCAAUGCCCGAUGUGGACUUCAACCUGAAAGGUCCAAAGGUGAAGGGAGAUUUUGAUAUGUCAGGAGACCUCAAAGCACCCAAAGUAGACAUUGAAGGUCCAGAUGUUGACAUUGAAGGUUCAGGAGGAUUUAAGAUGCCAAAGAUGAAGAUGCCAUCAUUUGGAAUGAAAGGACACAAAGUUGAGGGUCCAGAUAUUGAUGUUAAUCUUCCUAAAGCUGACAUUGACAUCAAGGCUCCCAAAAUUGACAUUAAAGGUCCAUCAAUAUCUGGACCAAAGAUCUCAAUGCCCGAUGUGGACUUCAACCUGAAAGGUCCAAAGGUGAAGGGAGAUUUUGAUAUGUCAGGAGACCUCAAAGCACCCAAAGUAGACAUUGAAGGUCCAGAUGUUGACAUUGAAGGUUCAGGAGGAUUUAAGAUGCCAAAGAUGAAGAUGCCCUCAUUUGGAAUCAAAGGACCCAAAGUUGAGGGAGAUGUUGAUGUCAAACUACCUAAAGGUGACAUUGACAUCAAGGGAGCUAAUGUUAACAUCAAAGGUCCAGAACUUGACAUCGAAGGCCCUGAUGGGAAAAUUAAGGGCCCAAAAUUCAAGAUGCCAUCAGUGUCAGGCCCAAAUAUCUCAAUGCCCGAUGUGGACUUCAAUCUGAAAGGUCCAAAGGUAAAGGGAGAUUUCGAUAUGUCAGGAGACCUCAAAGCACCCAAAGUAGACAUUGAAGGUCCAGAUGUUGACAUUGAAGGUUCAGGAGGAUUUAAGAUGCCAAAGAUGAAGAUGCCAUCAUUCGGAAUUAAAGGACACAAAGUUGAGGUUCCAGAUAUUGAUGUUAAUCUACCAAAAGCUGACAUUGACAUCAAGGCUCCCAAAGUGGACAUCAAAGGUCCAGAACUUGACAUUGAAGGCCCUGAUGGUAAAAUCAAAGGUUCGAAAUUCAAGAUGCCAUCCAUAUCAGGACCAAACAUCUCAAUGCCUGACAUGGACUUCAACCUGAAAGGUCCAAAGGUGAAGGGAGAUGUUGAUAUGUCAGGAGACCUCAAAGCACCCAAAGUAGACAUUGAAGGUCCAGAUGUUGACAUUGAAGGUUCAGGAGGAUUUAAGAUGCCAAAGAUGAAGAUGCCGUCAUUUGGAUUCAAAGGACACAAAGUUGAGGGUCCAGAUAUUGAUGUUAAUCUACCUAAAGCUGACAUUGACAUUAAGGGGCCCAAAGUGGACAUCAAAGGUCCAGAACUUGACAUUGAAGGCCCUGAUGGUAAAAUCAAAGGGCCGAAAUUCAAGAUGCCAUCAAUAUCUGGACCAAAAAUCUCCAUGCCUGAUGUGGACUUCAACCUGAAAGGUCCAAAGAUGAAAGGAGAUAUCAAUAUACCAGUCCCCAAGAUCGAAGGAGACAUCAAAGGUCCAGAACUUGACCUUGAAGGCCCUGAUGGUAAAAUCAAAGGUUCGAAAUUCAAGAUGCCAUCCAUAUCAGGACCAAACAUCUCAAUGCCUGACAUGGACUUCAACCUGAAAGGUCCAAAGGUGAAGGGAGAUUUUGAUAUGUCAGGAGAUCUCAAAGCACCCAAAGUAGACAUUGAAGGUCCUGAUGUUGACAUUGAAGGUUCAGGAGGAUUUAAGAUGCCAAAGAUGAAGAUGCCAUCAUUUGGAAUGAAAGGACACAAAGUUGAGGGUCCAGAUAUUGAUGUUAAUCUUCCUAAAGCUGACAUUGACAUCAAGGCUCCCAAAAUUGACAUUAAAGUUCCAUCAAUAUCUGGACCAAAGAUCUCAAUGCCCGAUGUUGACUUCAAUCUGAAAGGCCCGAAAGUGAAGGGAGAUUUUGAUAUUUCAGGAGACCUCAAAGCACCCAAAGUAGACAUUGAAUGUCCAGAUGUUGACAUUGAAGGUUCAGGAGGAUUUAAGAUGCCAAAGAUGAAGAUGCCAUCAUUUGGAAUGAAAGGACACAAAGUUGAGGGUCCAGAUAUUGAUGUUAAUCUACCUAAAGCUGACAUUGACAUUAAGGGGCCCAAAGUGGACAUCAAAGGUCCAGAACUUGACAUUGAAGGCCCUGAUGGUAAAAUCAAAGGUUCGAAAUUCAAGAUGCCAUCCAUAUCAGGACCAAACAUCUCAAUGCCUGACAUGGACUUCAACCUGAAAGGUCCAAAGGUGAAGGGAGAUUUUGAUAUGUCAGGAAACCUCAAAGCACCCAAAGUAGACAUUGAAGGUCCAGAUGUUGACAUUGAAGGUUUAGGAGGAUUUAAGAUGCCAAAGAUGAAGAUGCCGUCAUUUGGAUUCAAAGGACACAAAGUUGAGGGUCCAGAUAUUGAUGUUAAUCUUCCUAAAGCUGACAUUGACAUUAAGGGUCCCAAAGUGGACAUCAAAGGUCCAGAACUUGACAUUGAAGGCCCUGAUGGUAAAAUCAAAGGUUCGAAAUUCAAGAUGCCAUCCAUAUCAGGACCAAACAUCUCAAUGCCUGACAUGGACUUCAACCUGAAAGGUCCAAAGGUGAAGGGAGAUUUUGAUAUGUCAGGAGACCUCAAAGCACCCAAAGUAGACAUUGAAGGUCCAGAUGUUGACAUUGAAGGUUCAGGAGGAUUUAAGAUGCCAAAGAUGAAGAUGCCAUCAUUUGGAAUGAAAGGACACAAAGUUGAGGGUCCAGAUAUUGAUGUUAAUCUUCCUAAAGCUGACAUUGACAUCAAGGCUCCCAAAAUUGACAUUAAAGGUCCAUCAAUAUCUGGACCAAAGAUCUCAAUGCCCGAUGUGGACUUCAAUCUGAAAGGCCCGAAAGUGAAGGGAGAUUUUGAUAUGUCAGGAGACCUCAAAGCACCCAAAGUAGACAUUGAAGGUCCAGAUGUUGACAUUGAAGGUUCCGGAGGAUUUAAGAUGCCAAAGAUGAAGAUGCCCUCAUUUGGAAUCAAAGGACCCAAAGUUGAGGGAGAUGUUGAUGUCAAACUACCUAAAGGUGAUUUUGACAUCAAGGGACCUAAUGUUAACAUCAAAGGUCCAGAACUUGACAUCGAAGGCCCUGACGGGAAAAUCAAGGGCCCAAAAUUCAAGAUGCCAUCAGUGUCAGGCCCAAAGAUCUCAAUGCCUGAUGUGGACUUCAAUCUGAAAGGUCCUAAGCUGAAGGGGGAUGUGGAUGUGUCAGUGCCAAAGAUAAAAGGAGACCUCAAAGCACCCAAAGUAGACAUUGAAGGUCCAGAUGUUGACAUUGAAGGUUCAGGAGGAUUUAAGAUGCCAAAGAUGAAGAUGCCAUCAUUUGGAAUGAAAGGACAUAAAGUUGAGGGUCCAGAUAUUGAUGUCAACCUACCAAAAGCUGACAUUGACAUUAAGGGGCCCAAAGUGGACAUCAAAGGUCCAGAACUUGACAUUGAAGGCCCUGAUGGUAAAAUCAAAGGUUCGAAAUUCAAGAUGCCAUCCAUAUCAGGACCAAACAUCUCAAUGCCUGACAUGGACUUCAACCUGAAAGGUCCAAAGGUGAAGGGAGAUUUUGAUAUGUCAGGAGACCUCAAAGCACCCAAAGUAGACAUUGAAGGUCCAGAUGUUGACAUUGAAGGUUCAGGAGGAUUUAAGAUGCCAAAGAUGAAGAUGCCAUCAUUUGGAAUGAAAGGACACAAAGUUGAGGGUCCAAAUAUUGAUGUUAAUCUUCCUAAAGCUGACAUUGACAUCAAGGCUCCCAAAAUUGACAUUAAAGGUCCAUCAAUAUCUGGACCAAAGAUCUCAAUGCCCGAUGUGGACUUCAAUCUGAAAGGCCCGAAAGUGAAGGGAGAUUUUGAUAUGUCAGGAGACCUCAAAGCACCCAAAGUAGACAUUGAAGGUCCAGAUGUUGACAUUGAAGGUUCAGGAGGAUUUAAGAUGCCAAAGAUGAAGAUGCCCUCAUUUGGAAUCAAAGGACCCAAAGUUGAGGGAGAUGUUGAUGUCAAACUACCUAAAGGUGAUUUUGACAUCAAGGGACCUAAUGUUAACAUCAAAGGUCCAGAACUUGACAUCGAAGGCCCUGACGGGAAAAUCAAGGGCCCAAAAUUCAAGAUGCCAUCAGUGUCAGGCCCAAAGAUCUCAAUGCCUGAUGUGGACUUCAAUCUGAAAGGUCCUAAGCUGAAGGGGGAUGUGGAUGUGUCAGUGCCAAAGAUAAAAGGAGACCUCAAAGCACCCAAAGUAGACAUUGAAGGUCCAGAUGUUGACAUUGAAGGUUCAGGAGGAUUUAAGAUGCCAAAGAUGAAGAUGCCAUCAUUUGGAAUGAAAGGACAUAAAGUUGAGGGCCCAGAUAUUGAUGUCAACCUACCAAAAUCUGACAUUGACAUUAAGGGGCCCAAAGUGGACAUCAAAGGUCCAGAACUUGACAUUGAAGGCCCUGAUGGUAAAAUCAAAGGUUCGAAAUUCAAGAUGCCAUCCAUAUCAGGACCAAACAUCUCAAUGCCUGACAUGGACUUCAACCUGAAAGGUCCAAAGGUGAAGGGAGAUUUUGAUAUGUCAGGAGACCUCAAAGCACCCAAAGUAGACAUUGAAGGUCCAGAUGUUGACAUUGAAGGUUCAGGAGGAUUUAAGAUGCCAAAGAUGAAGAUGCCCUCAUUUGGAAUCAAAGGACCCAAAGUUGAGGGAGAUGUUGAAGUCAAACUACCUAAAGGUGACAUUGACAUCAAGGGAGCUAAUGUUAACAUCAAAGGUCCAGAACUUGACAUCGAAGGCCCUGAUGGGAAAAUUAAGGGCCCAAAAUUCAAGAUGCCAUCAGUGUCAGGCCCAAAGAUCUCAAUGCCCGAUGUGGACUUCAAUCUGAAAGGCCCGAAAGUGAAGGGAGAUUUUGAUAUGUCAGGAGACCUCAAAGCACCCAAAGUAGACAUUGAAUGUCCAGAUGUUGACAUUGAAGGUUCAGGAGGAUUUAAGAUGCCAAAGAUGAAGAUGCCAUCAUUCGGAAUCAAAGGACACAAAGUUGAGGGUCCAGAUAUUGAUGUUAAUCUUCCUAAAGCUGACAUUGACAUUAAGGGGCCCAAAGUGGACAUCAAAGGUCCAGAACUUGACAUUGAAGGCCCUGAUGGUAAAAUCAAAGGUUCGAAAUUCAAGAUGCCAUCCAUAUCAGGACCAAACAUCUCAAUGCCUGACAUGGACUUCAACCUGAAAGGUCCAAAGGUGAAGGGAGAUUUUGAUAUGUCAGGAGACCUCAAAGCACCCAAAGUAGACAUUGAAGGUCCAGAUGUUGAUAUUGAAGGUUCAGGAGGAUUUAAGAUGCCAAAGAUGAAGAUGCCGUCAUUUGGAUUCAAAGGACACAAAGUUGAGGGUCCAGAUAUUGAUGUUAAUCUACCUAAAGCUGACAUUGACAUCAAGGGGCCCAAAGUGGACAUCAAAGGUCCAGAACUUGACAUUGAAGGCCCUGAUGGUAAAAUCAAAGGUUCGAAAUUCAAGAUGCCAUCCAUAUCAGGACCAAACAUCUCAAUGCCUGACAUGGACUUCAAUCUGAAAGGUCCGAAAGUGAAGGGAGAUUUUGAUAUGUCAGGAGACCUCAAAGCACCCAAAGUAGACAUUGAUGGUCCAGAUGUUGACAUUGAAGGUUUAGGAGGAUUUAAGAUGCCAAAGAUGAAGAUGCCCUCAUUUGGAAUCAAAGGACCCAAAGUUGAGGGAGAUGUUGAUGUCAACCUACCAAAAGCUGACAUUGACAUCAAGGGACCUAAUAUUAACAUCAAAGGUCCAGAACUUGACAUUGAAGGCCCUGAUGGGAAAAUUAAGGGCCCAAAAUUCAAGAUGCCAUCAGUGUCAGGCCCAAAGAUCUCAAUGCCCGAUGUGGACUUCAAUCUUAAAGGUCCUAAGCUGAAGGGGGAUGUGGAUGUGUCAGUGCCAAAGAUAAAAGGAGACCUCAAAGCACCCAAAGUAGACAUUGAAGGUCCAGAUGUUGACAUUGAAGGUUCAGGAGGAUUUAAGAUGCCAAAGAUGAAGAUGCCAUCAUUCGGAAUUAAAGGACACAAAGUUGAGGGUCCAGAUAUUGAUGUUAAUCUUCCUAAAGCUGACAUUGACAUUAAGGGGCCCAAAGUGGACAUCAAAGGUCCAGAACUUGACAUUGAAGGCCCUGAUGGUAAAAUCAAAGGUUCGAAAUUCAAGAUGCCAUCCAUAUCAGGACCAAACAUCUCAAUGCCUGACAUGGACUUCAACCUGAAAGGUCCAAAGGUGAAGGGAGAUUUUGAUAUGUCAGGAGACCUCAAAGCACCUAAAGUAGACAUUGAAGGUCCAGAUGUUGAUAUUGAAGGUUCAGGAGGAUUUAAGAUGCCAAAGAUGAAGAUGCCAUCAUUUGGAAUCAAAGGAUCUAAAUUGGAGGGUCCAGAUAUUGAUGUCCACCUUCCAAAAGCUGACAUUGACAUCAAGGCUCCCAAAGUUGACAUUAAAAGUCCAUCAAUAUCAGGACCAAAGAUCUCAAUGCCCGAUGUGGACUUCAACCUGAAAGGCCCGAAAGUGAAGGGAGAUUUUGAUAUGUCAGGAGACCUCAAAGCACCCAAAAUAGACAUUGAAGGUCCAGAUGUUGACAUUGAAGGUUCAGGAGGAUUUAAGAUGCCAAAGAUGAAGAUGCCAUCAUUCGGAAUCAAAGGACACAAAGUUGAGGGUCCAGAUAUUGAUGUUAAUCUUCCUAAAGCUGACAUUGACAUUAAGGGGCCCAAAGUGGACAUCAAAGGUCCAGAACUUGACAUUGAAGGCCCUGAUGGUAAAAUCAAAGGUUCGAAAUUCAAGAUGCCAUCCAUAUCAGGACCAAACAUCUCAAUGCCUGACAUGGACUUCAACCUGAAAGGUCCAAAGGUGAAGGGAGAUUUUGAUAUGUCAGGAGACCUCAAAGCACCCAAAGUAGACAUUGAAGGUCCAGAUGUUGACAUUGAAGGUUCAGGAGGAUUUAAGAUGCCAAAGAUGAAGAUGCCAUCAUUUGGAUUCAAAGGACACAAAGUUGAGGGUCCAGAUAUUGAUGUUAAUCUACCUAAAGCUGACAUUGACAUUAAGGGGCCCAAAGUGGACAUCAAAGGUCCAGAACUUGACAUUGAAGGCCCUGAUGGUAAAAUCAAAGGUUCGAAAUUCAAGAUGCCAUCCAUAUCAGGACCAAACAUCUCAAUGCCUGACAUGGACUUCAACCUGAAAGGUCCAAAGGUGAAGGGAGAUUUUGAUAUGUCAGGAGACCUCAAAGCACCCAAAGUAGACAUUGAAGGUCCAGAUGUUGACAUUGAAGGUUCAGGAGGAUUUAAGAUGCCAAAGAUGAAGAUGCCGUCAUUUGGAUUCAAAGGACACAAAGUUGAGGGUCCAGAUAUUGAUGUUAAUCUUCCUAAAGCUGACAUUGACAUUAAGGGGCCCAAAGUGGACAUCAAAGGUCCAGAACUUGACAUUGAAGGCCCUGAUGGUAAAAUCAAAGGUUCGAAAUUCAAAAUGCCUUCCAUAUCAGGACCAAACAUCUCAAUGCCUGACAUGGACUUCAACCUGAAAGGUCCAAAGGUGAAGGGAGAUUUUGAUAUGUCAGGAGAUCUCAAAGCACCCAAAGUAGACAUUGAAGGACCAGAUGUUGACAUUGAAGGUUCAGGAGGAAUUAAAAUGCCAAAGAUGAAGAUGCCUCAUUUGGCAAAAGUGGGGCAAAUUGAUGUGUUAAUCUCCCAAAGGCAAUUAAGGGGGGGGUUAAGGGGAAAGGGACACCCCAAAAGGGCGAAAUUGAUGAUUGGAUGCCAUGGAGUUAAACAAAGAAAGUUCAAAAUCCCAAAGUUCAUAUAG